GAAGGAAAACACGAGAACAAAGCUACAACUUAUUUAGCCUUUCAGGGUCUGAUCCCUCUCGCUUGUCAAGUGGUUGUCGACGGUUCCAUCACAGCAAGAAGCAAACUAAUUCAUGGAUAAGGUUCACAGAUCGCUGGCAUGUGCCGGAAAGGUGAGGGGUCAAACUCCAAAGGUGGCCAAGCAGGACAAGAAGAAGAAGCUGCGAGUCCGCGCCCACAAGCGUAUGCAGUACAAUCGCCACUUCGUCACCGCUGUAGUUGGAUUUGGUAAGAAGCGUGGACCCAAUUCUUCAGAGAAGUAUGCAACUUGUUGUAUGAGGAGUUUGGUUAUGGAGGCAAUGCUUGAUCAUGAAGCACCAGUUUCGCACUCUUAUAUUUUGUUUGUAGCUAAACUACAUUUCAGUUUAUUAGUUUAUACUGAAAAUCUGACUUUAUUUUGUUCAAGACUUCUCUUGAGGUUUAAAACUUGAAAAUGCAUGGGAUGUGCCGAUUUUGAGAUUUCAAAAAAAUAAAAAAAAACACGAAAACAAAAGCAGACGAAAGGUAGCUUAGCGUCCGAGAGAGAGUGUGUCGUCGUCGUUGUUUGGCAGCGACCUUCUAAGCCCAAUGCUCCACACUCCUUCCGCAAUCUUGGGUUUGGCUUCUCUCUCUCCCUCUCUCACUCUCAAAUCCCAUCUCGCAUUGAUUCUAAAACCACAG